AACAAAAAAGUAACAAAAAACGAAAAUAUAACUAACAAAUACAAAUAAAAGUGAAACAUUAUUUAUUUGAUAAAAAAAAAAUAAUAUUCGCAAAAAUCAACAGGAAGGAACACAAACGAUACAUAUAGAAAAACAACGAAAUUAAUAACAGCGACAGCAAAACUAAACGCGAAACUCCAAUAAGUGCUUUUUUUAAUACAAAAAAAAAAAAAAAAAACAGUUGAAAACAAUAACAACAAAUUUCCAAAAAAAAAAAUAACAAUCCAAUCGCACACAGUCCCCGUCAAGUGUAAUAUCAAACAGUAACAACAACAAUGCGUCCUACCGUAUUGUCCAAUGCAAACGCUAACGCCUCAGCGGGCGUUGGCGGUGGCGGCGGCAACUCCAACACCAAUGGCAUACAAAUUCCCAUACAUCAUGACUAUGGUAAUGGUGGCAAUGGUGGUCCACAAUCUACCGGCGGCUAUUAUGCCGAUGCCAAUACCGGCUCGUAUGGUUCACCACGCGGUGGGCAACAGCAACAACAACAACCGUCACCACAACAACAGUCAUAUGCCCAUCAGCAGGCGCCACAACCGGGCCAACAGCCACAACAACAACAACAUCCACAUCAGCAAAUGCCGCAACAUUUUCAGCAGGGCUUUGGUUUCGAACCGGACAUGGACAUGGACAUGGAUAUGGACAUGUUUCCUCGCAGCCGCUUGGGUCGCAUGCAUGACCCCUUCGGAAGCUUCAACAAUACACAUUUCGGCUUCCCCCAAUUCAACUCGCUAGGACGCCGACGGGCUGCCGACCAUAUGGGUCGUGAUGAUGAUUUCUUUAAUCGCCUGCCAUCAGAAUUCCGCCAGUAUAUACCAGAUGGUUUUGGACACAGACGUGCUGGCGAAAGUGCCACAUUACCACGCCAGCAUAGCGCCCAGCAUACACAACAAGUGCCAGUACAAAGUGGUGGCGGUGGCGUCGGCGGCGGCGCUCCCGCUUACUAUCAGUCAUACGCACCCGCCUCACCACCCAAUGGCGUACCGCAAUCGCCAUCGAAGAAACUUUGUGAUGCCGCCAUACAAACUGAGGAUCCCGCAAUGCGUACCGGUGGCGAUGAGGUGGAUCAUGCCGCGCCUCAGCUUCACGGUGAUAACUUGAAACAACAUGGUUUACGCAAUACAGUCGAUAUGGGUGUGAAGUCCGCCCUAGAGUCAGAACAGGGCGCACGCGCACAUUCGGCACCACCACAAGAACAACAACAGGUGCCAGUGAAUGGUAAACGUCAGACGCCGCCACCCCAAGCCGGACACACACAAUUCGGCACUCAGACUAGUCCACAUGUACAGGCUGGCGUUAACGCUGGCCAGCAACCGCAGUUCCACAAGGUUUACUAUCCACCACAACAGCAACCGCAUCCACAACAGCGUCAACAGACGCCACCGCCGCCACAAACUCCCGGCGGCAGUUAUGUGCGCACCAUACCAAUCUUUGUCGAAGGCCGAUCCGAGCCUAUUAUUAAUGCUCACAAAGAAAUACCAAAUCAGAAUAGCGCACCUGGGCAAGCACAGGCUUCAGCUAGUGCCUCGGCUAGGGCUUAUGUACCGCCACAACAACAACAAUCACAGCAACAUCAUCAGCCACAAUCCCAUCAACAACAACAACAACAUCGUCCAACGCCACUAAAUACUCAACAGCCACAGCAACAAGGUGAAGGUACCGCUGCCGCCGCCGGCAUGCCCCCGCAAACCCCACACACCCUCGACUCGAUCAGCAAAAUUCAAGACAUUCAACGUGAUGUACUCGAUCUCAUGGGAAAAGUUGAGAAAUUCACUGGCACACGUCAAGACAAAGAAUAUGUCUAUCUCGACGAGAUGUUGACGCGUAAUCUACUCAAGUUGGACACAAUCGAUACAAACGGCAAAGACAGCAUACGUCUAGCACGUAAGGAGGCCAUCAAAUGCAUACAAGCUUCGAUUAAUGUGCUCGAGGCGAAAGCCAAUGAGAAUACCAAAGCUGCACAACAGGCCGCAGAAGGUGGCGAAGCUAUGCCCGAGCAGUCUGCAGCAGAGCAGCCAGUGCAAACAGAGAAUGCUGCGACGCGAAAGAGUGCUUCUAAAGAGAAAGUGGGAGCGACUGCAGCAGAUGCCACAGAAACACCUGCCGUCGGUAGUGAACCCGAACCGGCUGAUGCAAAACAAAUACAAGCGCCCAUACCAUUGCCACCACCCGAAGGCAUGCAAGUAGAAGAGACAGCGGCUGUCAGUGAGGCGAAGAGCGCAGAGUCAAAGGAAAGCGCAGCUGAGACGGUUGCGGAGACGAGCAAUAAACAAGAAGCGGAGGCUGGUGCGCCAACAAGCGAGGGAUCGGCGAAGGCUGAGACGGAGUCGAGUAAAUGAUGAUUACAACAGCGCAUCUCAUCAGGUGCCGUGAGCUCCACCUACUCGGCUACAUUUUCAAAGCGUUUACAUAGCAUCACCAAGCGAAAGUCCUAAAAAAAAA